CUUUUAUCUUAGCAUCGGAACCGUAAACACGCUUAUCCCACAUUAACACUUGUUAACUAGAAAACCACUGCCUUAGUCAAUCUUCAUCACGGAGGUUAUCUGUGCCAAAUUCAGAUCCAGCUGACGGAUACGUUGAUACUUUAAGUAAACUGUCACUCCAUCAGUAAGCUUUAUUGUCACCUAAUUUUCGCCAUCUUCUGGCAAUACUUUCAGGUUAAGCUAAUAUUUAAGUAAUGUCAAUGCUUGAUUUGGCAAACAAAUUGCUACUAUAUAUAACUCAGAAUCUGGAGUUAGGGAGAGAUAUGAACGCUUUUGCUCGAACAAAUCGCCCCCUUCACAGUCUCCUAAACCCCUACCUGUAUUGGCACAACAUACAGUUGUUUGGAAGCUCGGCGUUACUAUGGGCCGCAGAACAUGGACAAGGCGUGACAGCCCAAAACCUACUACAAGAAGGUGCUGAUAUUCAAAAGAAGACCCGCUACUGGGAGUCACCCCUAUUGUUGGCCGCAAAAACGGGCACAAGGCGGUAGCCAAGCUGCUCCUUGCGAAGGAUGGCGUCGACCCGGAUUCUUGGGAUCAUUGGGGACGGACGCCGCUGUCGUAUGCGGCAGAGAGCGGGCUUGAAGCGGUGGCCAAGCUGUUGCUCGCGACAAAGGGAGUCGAUAUAAACGUGGGGCCCACGCGGCGCCUCAUCGAUGGAUGGACAUCGUUGUCGUAUGCGGUAGAGGACGGACACGAAGCGGUCGUUAAGCUACUGCUCGAGCAGGAGGGAAUCGACCUGGACUCUAAUGAUGACCAAGGACUGACGCCAUUAUAGUAUGUGAUAAGGAACGGGCAUGAGGCGGUGGCUAAGCUGCUACUUACUAAGGAUAGAGUAGAUCUGGACUUCCUAAAUUUGAUAUUUAAUAACAG